AUGGACCGAAUCCCGCUAGAAGUCUACCGCCUCAUCGUCUCCAUGAUUGACGACGAGGAAGAAGACUCGCUUUGUGCACCCGACAGAGACUGCAGUCCGUCCACCACUGCUGACGUAGGAACCUUGCAAUCAGUCUCCAACUCCCAAGUCCAGUCGCAUACAACCAGCAGUCGGAGACACUCGUCUUCAAUCGUGGAGUCAACAAAGAACAUGCAACGAAGGCUGCAGAAUCGACUAGCUGCGUUUCGCAAAUUUCAGCUUUUGACGUUGGUACGCAAGCUAUGUGCCAAUAUGCCCACGAAAGGCAAGAGGGAAGAUUUAGACACGGAGCCCGGAAUGACAAUUAAUCGGCUCGCGACCUUGAAAUCGUUACGACUAUGCAACAAAAAGCUCGCUUUGAUGACCGCAGAGUUUGUGUUCGAAGAGGUCCUGUUACACUUCACAGAAGAGAGCCACGCAAAGCUCGAGGAUAUCUCGCAGCAUACCUACAGGAAACAUGUUCGAGUGCUGCACAUCGUGCCAAAAGCCAUCUCUGGCCCACUCCUCCAGAAAAAAGAAUUUGGACAAUGGCUUCGAGGAGAAAGGACGCUGAUCGACAAUCCACUGGUCUUGUACGUUGGCCAGGAUUACGCAGGACCUUUGGUCAUGCCGGAUUGCGCUAAAAUCUCUCGAAAGGCAAUCAAGUUCCAUUAUAAAGAAUACUCGUCGCUUCACGCCGAGCAGCAAAAGCUCUUCUCUACGGCUGAAGGUAUUUUGCAAGCCGCCGUUGGCCGUCUCCCACAGCUCAAACGGGUUGAAUCCGGUCUAUCAUGGGACUGGACUCGCAGAAGACAGGACAUUCCACCAAAUGACUUUGAACCUAAGCCCGGUUGGAAUUGGCACUUCAAGAGGCUGGAUAUUUCGCCAAGAGAUGACAUUAUAGAUAGAGUAUGGAAGACAGGAUCCUGUCAGACAAACUUCGACAUGGACCAGGGCACAAUGAUUCUGAGGGCAAUAGCUUACGGAAGGGCUUCCUCUGGGGCUCAUAUCGACGCUGGGCCUCUAUUUCGAGACUUGAGCAAAAUAGUCAUGGAAAUCAAGGAUCCCAAGGAGAAAGCCGUGGUCGAGACACUCAUGACCGGCACUAAACAUUUCAAUUUUUACCUAAAAUUGGCCGAUCUUGAUGAAGUUCAGGACCUCAUGUCCUCCGGCACAAUCAUAAGCUUUCUACAGACGAUGCCAAAACUUGAAAGCCUGCGUUUUCGAUCUACAUACCUUGGCACAGAAGACCGAUUGGAAAAUGCGUUCGGCAACAGCAUCACAUGGCCCCAUCUCACCUAUUUUUCCAUCAAAUCUGUCGACAACUUCGAUUUCGGCGGCCUCGCCGCACUGAUCCAACGUCACAAGGCCAGCCUCCGCCAGCUUGCACUGUAUGAUGUUUAUUACGACUAUGAGAAUCGGAGCGAUCUGUGGGCAGAUUUGCGAGCAGGCGCCCUGGACAAGAUCCGAAUCUGGAGCAUGGGUCGGAGAGCAGCCGAGCAAGGGCCGUCCGACCUGGACUGGGAACGCGAGGCUCAUGGGUGGGCUAAUCCUGGAUCGCCUUAUGUGUUCUCUGGCGGAGCAUGGUCACCUAAACUUGGAUCAGAUCUCCGGGAAGAACUUGUGGCCAAGUUGUUUCCAUCAUUCGCGCAUACACAAGGAGGUCUGUUGGCGGAGGACGAAGAUUGGACCAAAGAGGCGGGAAGCGAGAUAUAG